AUGGCACCUGCAGUUCAAAAGAAGACCAAAAAGACUUCUACCUUAAAGAAGCCUGCCAACAAAAAGGUCCAAAAGAUUGUCGAGAAAGCGGUCGAAAAGAGAAGCAAGAAGGAUGCUCAAAAGAAGGCUGUUGCCAGGCAAUUGAGUGAGUCAGAGCCUGAGGAUGAAGUCAUGGAAGAUGCCGCUGAUUCAGAUGAGGAAGACGAUGUUUUCAAGAAAUUGCAACGUGUCAUGGAUGAAGAUUCAGACAACAGUGAUGAAGAGAAGGCUGCUGCUGAGGACAGCGACAGCGAUAUCCCUUCUGAUUUCGAAAAGGAGAUGGCAGUGGAUGAAGACGAUAACGACGACGAUGAGGAUGAAGAAGAGGAUGAAGAGAAUGAGGAAAAGUUGCAACAAGAUAUUGAACAGCACAAGAAAGACAUGGAAGCAUUGAAGGAGCGUGAUCCUGAGUUUUAUAAGUUUUUGCAAAAAGAAGAUGAUGGCCUUUUAGGUUUUGGUGAAUCUGAUCAAGAAGACGAGCCCGAACAAGUUGGUGGCUCUGAUGACGAGGGCGCUGAUGAAGGCGCUUACAGUGAUAUGGAGGAGCCUGAGGAGGACGACGAGAAGGAAGCUGCAGUGCAUGUGUUGAAAAAGGCCGAGUUAAAUGAAUGGAUCGAGGCUGUCAAAACCCAUAAGGAUUUCAAGGCAUUCAAGAAACUGUUGUCUGCUUUCAAGACUGCUGCUAGAAUGUCAGAGGAAGAUGACAAUGUAACAUUUGCUUAUAAGAUUGAGGACCCUACAGUCUUUUCCAAGGUCAUCACAACCACACUUCGUCUUGCACCUAUUGUAUUUGCUCAUCAUUUGAAGCCCAAGAAGGAGAAUGGAUCGCCAUUGACCUCGGGUCGCUGGUCAUUCUUCAGAUCCUACGUCAGAUCUUACCUCAACAACUUGCUCCAUCUUUUGCGCAACUUGACUGACGCCGACAUGCUUCGUUUGACUAUCCGUGAAGCCGAAAAAUGCACCAACCUCUACGUCUGCUUUGACCGUCUUGCCAAGGAAUACCUCAAGACCUUGCUGAACGCAUGGUCCAACCUUGGUUCUACUGAUAUUGUCCGUGUGCAAGCGUUUUUGAGCAUCAAAUCCUUAGCCACCAUGCCAGUGCCUGCCAGCAAAGAUACCAACUCUCAAGGCUAUCUCGAUCUCUGUCUCAAGAAUGUCUACCUCACAUUUGUCAAAAACUGCAAAAACACAAACUUGCACACGUUACCUGUUAUCAACUUGAUGCGUAACUUGGCCGUUCAGUUAUAUGGCAUCAACCCCGUCCUUAGUUAUCAACAAGGCUUUGUAUAUAUUCGUCAAUUAGCUAUUCAUCUUAGACAAGCCAUGAAGGUGCGUUCCACCAAAAAUCACAACAUGGUCUACAACUGGCAAUACGUCCACUGUAUUGAUUUCUGGUCUGAUGUGUUGAAUGCCUAUGCUGGUAAUAUGGUAGAUGAAGAAGGUGAUGUUGUCGAGUCCCCUCUUAAGGCUUUGGUGUAUCCCUUAACACAAGUAGCUGUGGGUGUGAUCCAAUUGAUUCCUACUGCACAAUUCUAUCCUCUUCGUUUCCACGUACUUCGCUCUCUCAACUCACUUAUUCACAACACACACGUCUUUGUUCCUCUCGCUACCUAUGUUUUGGAGGUCUUGGAAGGCACAGUGGCUAUGGAGAAGGCCAAGCAAUCCAAUGCUGGUUUGCCCACUGACUGGGAUUUGGUGUUGAAGGUCAAUAAGAAGAGUAUUCAUGGUCGCAUGUAUCAAGAUGAAGUUUUGGAUCAAUGUGCCAAGGCAUUGAAGAACUAUUACAAGGAGUAUUCUCAUCAUAUUUCAUUCCCUGAGAUGGUGGAUGCUGAUAUCAUUGCUAUCAAGCGUUUCGUCAAGCAAUCAAAGAGUAUAAAGGGCAAAGACAAGUUGGCUAAAUUGGCAAAGGAUCUCGAGGCCAAAGCUAAGUUUGUUCGUCAGCAACGUAGUAAGAUCAGCUUCAGUCCAGAGAAUGAAGCUGAAAUUGAGAAAUUCAACAGCGACUUGAAAGCAAAGAUGACGUAA